UCUAUAAAUAGGUCAGGCGGAUCUACGCAGUUGACAGGCUGUUAAUUGGAGAUACAUUUUUGCAAAUAAUUCUGACAUCUGACAAUAGUUUUGAUAGUAUUUUUGUAUAUUUGUUGAGGUGAUAUUUAAAUCUUUUAUACGGCAGCAAUCCAUCGACAAUCCGUUUGAGCUAUGUACAUGUUCAACAAUGGCCCACCGCCGCCCUGUCCGUGGGGCGGGUACAACCCUGCGAACAGACAGAUGUACAUGAACGGUCCCCAGCCAUUUCCCCCGGGCCCACCGCACCCCGCCAUGCCAAACAACAUGAUGCCCCAACACAUGAGACACUGGCAGGGGCCAGGGCCAUCGAGGAUGAGAGGGAGGGGCUACCGGAGAGGGCGGGGCUCUUCUAGUCACCUUGGCAACAACAGAAACCAGGGACAGGUUGAAGAACUGGCUAAGGAUGUGUGCUGUCGGUGUGGAGAGCGGCUGCAGAACAGCGAGCAGCUGGGGAUUCACAUGUGUGAUGGUGGCGGGGAGAUCCAUUUGGAAGUUCCCCGAGGGUCGGGACUUGACCCUGUGGAUUCAACGGACCAAGACAAGGAGGAGGAUACCCUGGAAACACGACUAGAGAAACUGUUGGAGAGCUUGAAGGAUUUUGUGCGCGGAAAGUACGAUUCUAUGACCGAGGCGUUGGAAGAUUAUGUUACAGGCAAAAUUGAUGAAAUCAACACAUUAUACAAAGAAAACUCUGAUGAAAAGCUGGCGCUGGAGAAAAUGCGGACGGAGCUUCAGGAGAAAGCUGAGCGGCUGAUCAAACAGGAGAAGGAACUUAAGGACAAACAAAGGAGACUGAGCAAGGAUCAGGAGUCAUUCAAGCGUGAGAUGAAGAAGGAACGCGAAGAGGUGUGUCGUCAAUGGCAACAGCUCCGUGACGAGAUUGUCCGGAUGGAGGAGAUGCACAACAUACAGAAGGGUCGAAUCAAGUUGGACGUUGGCGGUCACGUGUUUACCACGUCUAAACUGACCUUGACCCGCGAGGCGGACUCCAUGUUGGCGGCCAUGUUUAGCGGGAGACACGAGCUGGUGAAGGAAGAGGACGGCUGUGUCUUUAUUGACAGGGAUGGAACCCACUUCAGGUACGUGCUGAACUAUCUUCGAGAUGGAGGUGUGGCCAUGGACUGCCUGCCCCGGGAUCGCCAGAUUCUUAAGGAAUUGAAGAAAGAAGCAACAUUUUACCAGCUGCACGGGCUCAUGCAACAGAUCGAGAAAUACCUCUACUGAAUUACAUGGCAACGCAGAGGACGAUCGAACUGCCACUGAUUUUUAGUCUCUAAUAUUUCUGUUACUGGGUUCACUACAAAGGUCAGCCACAUGUACAGCCGUUGGUGUCACCAUCACUUGGGUGGACCACGACAGACCAAACAUACGUUUAUUAAGACUUAGAUCAAGAAAGACAUCCACGUGGCGUCAGGAGUUUUACGAAGAAAAGUUGAACUUUCAAUAUCACGAUCUCAAAAUGCUAGAUGGAAAAGAGUUAAUAUGAAUUGUUACAGCAGUUCAUGGAAUAGAUCUGUUUUGAGGAACUGUAUUUCGCACAGUGUUAACUAGUAUUCGAUUUACUAAUGAAUGACAUGUGUGCUUUUGUGGGGGAUUCUUAAUACCUUUGCAUGUGAGGAAUUGCGUUAAUAAGUUGUAUUGCAUUGAUUGUAAAAGACAUACCGUUUUAUGAAAAGCAUUGUGAAUAGCAGGCACUUGUUUUGCAGUUACCUUUCAAAUUAGAUUUAGAUGAAUAGGAGAACGCUGAAUUUUGUUAUGUCUGUGUUAUUCUAGCCGAGAGAGAGAGAGAGAGAGAGAGAGAGAGAGGGAGAGCGAGAGAACUGCCUCUGAGUUCAGCUAACGCUAACAGUGGCUCACGAUUGGUAACUUGUGCGAGUUGGUUUUCCACUUGCUGAUUAUGCGCUAUUUAUAACAGGGAUACUCAACAGAAGAGUUUGCCAGUAAAAAUAUUGUAUCACUAGCUAUCUUGCCUAGCGCUGGCAUUUAUAGGAUAAUAUUGCGAAAUGUUGUACUCAGUACUGGUAAACCCAAUGAUACUUGUAUGCCGUGUAUCAGUGCUUUACACAGAGCACGUUAAAGAACCAAGAAGUCUCUUCGCAAACAGCUACGGCGUCGCAUCCGGAUCUCUUUAAUCUAACUCUGUUUCUUCAAGUCAUUUAAUAUUUGGAUUUGACUGGGAAUUGCAGUCACUUCUUUAUCAUGCCACUUACGGCAUUUCAACGCAAUUUAAGUCGUGAUUGCAUCACGGCGGGUUCAAGCCAUACGCAGCAAUAGGCGCGGACAGACUUUGAUAAACUCGAAUCAUCAUCAUCAUCAUCAUCAUCAUCAUCGUCAUCAUCAUCAUCAGUUUGCCAUCGUGAGCGACUGUUAGUAUAUACUGAACACAAGAUUGGUUUUGGAGACAAUGGGUAAAGUUGAUUGUAAAGUGCUGAAGUCUUGCUUGAAUACCCUAACUUGUAUGUAGACAUUCAUGCCUGUGUGUUAUAUAAUGCAUAUUAGUGUACACUAUUUCAAAGUUUUCUUUUUCUUGUAUACUUAAAUUCCCAUAUAAUUUUAAUAUCAGAUUGUUAAUAUGUUCCGAAAAUCUUCAACCGUGCAAUAAGUCAUGUGCGGACGAAUUACAACAAGAUUUCAAUGUACGGACGAGGGUUGGACUUCUUAAUAUGGUACAUACACCAACUCAGGACUUUCCCUAGUACUUAAACUCAUACAUAACUCACAAGUUGCACUUUUUGUUUAUAAUUUAGAUAACUGGUAGUCGAUUCAGUAAUGAUUACUAAAUACUUUAAUACUGUAUAUAUUUGUUGUAUAUUGAUAAAUUUGGAUAUAUAUUGUACUGUGGUUUAUGUAUUUAUAUAAGGAGUAUAUUUUAAGUACCUAUGUCACUCAACUCUUCUCUUUGGUAAAGGUCUCUUAGAGUGUUAUGUGGUAUUUUAAUCCAAUUUACUCUACUGUAUUUGAGUUUAGGCCCACUAUGUGUCAUGCAUUGUCAUUGCCAGAUCAAGGUAUCAUUACACCAUAAUCUGUAUCAAAGCUUAGACUUCCAUAGCUGAAUAAUUCCACCAUGAAGGCCUUUUACACUCUAUAUAUGUAUGCAUUAUUGACAUCUUCGCAGUUAACAUUUGAAAAUAAAGGCGAUAUGUGGUGAUCACCGGAACUUGUGGCAUUAAGGAGUUGUUGAUAACUGGAAAUGUCCGGUGAUCACUAGCAUGGACAUAAUGUAGAAGAUCCACGAGUCUAAUUAAACUAUAACACCAUUAUUGUUAAGUGUGGAUUUCAUUUGUUUUUGUUUGUAUAUUUUAUACCGGAUUGCUCUAUUAAGGAUUUGGAUGUCGGACAAUGAUGUGUGCUUGAAAUUCCCCUUUUUCUGCUUCCCCAUAAAGAAGACCGUGUUUGUUGUCCAGAGAAAUACACUUCCUUAAUGCUACCGACAAACACGGUCUACCAUCACCGCGUGUUCAAAUAUUUCAUAAAUAUUGUAUGGAUGGAACUUGUUGAAUAUAUGAAAGAUAUUGCAAUGCAAUUGGUAAAAACACUCUAUCUAUAUUCUUCAAAUUUAAGUAAACAAUAUUUUAUUUUAUUGUACUGACAACUAUGUACUUAUCAUGUUUAAGUAGAAAACUAACCCAGUAAACAUAUCUUAAAUUGUCUACAUUUGAGAGCUACUUGUUAAUGUCUUCGUUUUAUUUGCUUUCUGUUCAAUAAAAUGUAUAUACAA